UGUCUGCCUAUCCUGUGUAGCCACUGCGGUCCCGGACCCGCCUGCUCUCGCGCUCCUUCCUUCCUGUUGCCGCUGUGUGGGUGAGGCUCCCGGGGCCUGUGCGAUAUUGUGAAACUUCCUCUCGUCCUGCUUCAGCCGCCGUCGCCGUACACGGAUACCCCCUGCGCUCCCGCUCUGCCCGCCGUCACGAUGCACAAAGAGCACCUGGCCCAGGACGAGAACAGCAACCCCAGGGAGGGCCCCGGGAGCAGGAAGAAGGACAGGCUGAGCCCGAGCGAGCAUGACAUGAACCAGCUCAACCGGAGCCGGGCAAAGACAGGCUCGUGGGAGUCCAACGGCUUUGGGCCGGACCCAGAGAUCGAGGCGCUGGCCGGCCGCGCAGAGGAGAGCGCCCCGCUCAGCCCUUCCAACUCCCUCAACCUGCGCCACCUGCGAGGCUGCGAAAAGGAGCUCUCCGGACGCCAUCACCAGCGCUCUCCUUCCCACCAGUUUCACCCGAACCACUACGCCUCUCACCACCACCACUACCGCCCCUUCUACUCCGGCUACCACCGCAAAGGCUACUGGGACUACGAGAGCCAGUACAGAGACGGCAAACGCAAGGAGUGGGUUCCCCGGCCCGGCGGGCGCCCCCAACGCCACAGGACACGAGAGGCCUUAAACGCCACAGAAGGCUCCUGCCCGGACGCUAGGCCGGAGCACGAUGCUGGGGAGAGAGGGAGAACUGCCCAGGGAGGGGUAACUGGUCACAACGCUCAGCCAGCCAAGGGCGAGCCGUCCGCGGACGGCUGGGUGCUUUUUAAGCCUCUGCCGGUGUUCCCGGUUGGCAGUAGCAGUGCCAGGACGCUGCCAAAAAUCAGCUACGCCAGCAAAGUGAAAGAGAACCUGGAUGGCAAAGGACUGGUACCCAGCUCUGCCCUCCGCACCUCCAACAGCCUACCCAACUGCCUCGACUCAGCACAAGCAGUCCCCCACAGCGAUGCCCCCUGCUCCGAUCCAGCACAGUCAGCAGGCUCCCUCUCCUCCUCCUCCUGCUCUUCUCUCUCCUCCUCUCCCCCUUCCCCAGUCAGUCAGGAGAACCUGGGCGCCAUUUUCCAGAAUGAAUGGGGACUUUCUUUUAUUAACGAGCCCGGUGCUGGGCACGCCCCGGCGGGAGAGCGGGAGCCUCCGGGGGGUGCCGGGGAAGUCGGGGCGGAUCCUUCGGCGGCGGCCAUGGGGCGGCUGUCGCUGCAUGGAUUCUAUCUGGGGCAAACCGAGGACGGGAGGGGCCAGCUCGAGAACCCCAGAAACUGGGAGGAAAUGGUCACCUUCACAUCAAAGGAGUGGAGUCUGGUGUGGAAUCUGCAUAAGAAAGAUCCUUCUCGUGUGGUCGUGUACGCAGAGUCUAUGGACGGGAAGGGGUAAUCCCACCCGAGGAGGGGUAUAAAGAAGAGGCCAGCCCCCCAGACUCCGGCACCCGGGUCCGCAGAGCGAGAUUCCCGCCCC